AUGGAAGCUACAAUACUCACGGUUCAUUGGCACAACGACAAUCAGCCAAUCUAUUCCGUUGAUUUUCAGCCAGAACAGUCUGGUCUUGUCAAUUCGUCACCAACCAAGUCUGCUGAGUCAACAAGAUUGGCAACAGGAGGAGGUGAUAACAAUAUUAGAAUCUGGAAAAUAACCUCUUCAAAUUCGGUGGAAUAUAUGAGUACAUUACAAAAACAUUCUCAAGCUGUCAACGCAGUUCGAUUCAAUCCUCGAGGUGACAUCUUAGCAUCAGCAGGUGAUGAUGGGACAUUACUAUUAUGGAAGAAAAGUGAAAAUAUAAUAAAAACCUUAGAGUCAGAAGAGGAUGAAGAUUUGAAGGAAAGCUGGCAAGUUGUCGGCACAAUUCGAUCAAGCACAGCAGAGAUCAUGGACAUCUGUUGGUCGCCCAAUGGGGAGCAGAUUGUCACAGGAUCAAUGGACAAUAUUCUCCGAGUCUAUCAGUUGGAAUUUUCUCCUGGAAAAAUUACUGGUACAUUUAUUCGAAGCUUUUCUGAUCAUACUCAUUAUAUACAAGGUGUCUUUUGGGAUCCUUUAAACAAGUUCAUUGUCAGCCAGUCAGCCGAUCGUAGUGUUAACGUAUACCAGAUACUGCCUUCUGAGUCAAACAGUAUUGAAAUAAAUUUCAGGCAUAAGUUUCAAAAAUUUGGAAAUUUAUAUUUGUAUUAUCCAGAGACUUUGCAGUCCUUUUUUAGAAGAUUGGCAUUUUCACCAGAUGGUUCUAUACUAGUGACGCCUGCGGGAUUAGAGGAAACAUCAAGCAAUGAAACAUUGAAUAAUGUUCUUUACAUAUACUCACGUGCGAGUCUAUUUACCUCGCCGAUUUACAAAAUAACAGGAUUGAGUAAGCCAGCAAUUGCCGUCAGUUUCAAUCCAGUCAAAUACAAACUGGAUGGCCCUUCAACAUUAAAAUUGCCAUAUAAAUUGGUAUUUGCAGUGGCGACACAAGAUGGGGUCGUUCUUUAUUCGACACAAGAUAAUUUUAAGCCUUUGGGACUUGUUUCCAAUUUACAUUAUAGCUCUAUUACUGAUUUGAAAUGGACUGUUGAUGGUUCUAGAGUUAUUAUAAGUUCAACUGAUGGUUUUUGUUCAACAAUCAACUUCCCUGGUAGUGCAUUUGGUGAACGAUAUAUUGGUGUACCUCAUGAUAAUGACAUUUUAAGUGGAGAAAUACUACAAGCCAAAACUGAACUGAAAGCUGAACCUGUCCCCUCGUCGGAAAUACCGAACGAAAAGCUGCCAAAUCUGAAAAGUGAUAAUUCUAAGACUUCCAUCCCUACUAUUGAUUUAUUCUUUGACAAGAACCAAAAAGUUAAGAAGAGAAUAACGCCAACACUAAUACUGUAG